CCUUCCCAUCCCUCAUCAUGACCAGGUCCCUUCCCCUGCCGUCAGCAAACUUUUGUUCGGCGAGAAUGCUGUAUCUCUUGGCCACUAUCAUCGCGGAACCUCGGCUGGUGCCCCCUUCCCGCGGCCCGUAAAUUGGUUCCACGGAUGUCCUUGCCGGAGAAUCUGGGGCAUGGUGGGCAAUAAAGCAGUCUCUGCAGCGAUCGGUAUGUGGCAUCUCAAGGGGGCGCCCUUCGCAGGAUAUAAAGCUGAGCGCAGCACAUCUCAUGAUUGAUCGUCACCCAACCCACCAUGCCGACCAUCAUUGACACCGUCAAGUUGCUCAAGUCCCUAUCGGACAACGCAGAGAAGGAAGCUGAGGCGAGGAACGAGGUGUACCUUGGCGUUGCCGGCCUUGCACUGAAGUACGGACAAUGGCGGGACUUUGGCGCCAAGAAAAUUUUCGUCUUCAAGAAAACAGUGACGGAGCUCGAGGACGGUCAAGUAGGUGAAGGAGGCAGCAACGAUGAGCCCGAUCCCGUCGUUUGUGUCUGCGUCGCCCGCAUCGGCGCUCAGGAUACUUGGCUUGGGUCCGAUGCGAACUGGACCGGGCCUUCGCAGUACACGAAGACAUUCGCCCAUGUCACCCUCGCGACGGGGCUGGAAAAUCCGGCAUCUAUGCCUGAGGGCGAACCGUUUGGACCGCACUGGGGACCGGUCUGCGCGCAAGUCACCGCCAUCAUGCAGAGCGCUUGCGAUGGGAAACCCAUCACCUCGGGUGGUCCGGAGGACAGACGUCUUGUUGCCCGCCAUGCGCUGUUCCAGGUCCUGCCCGAGGACGAAACAGAACGUCAGCAAGUGCUCACGGACAUAGCCCAGAAGCCCGCCUUCUUUGACAUCAAGAACUGGCCCGUGUUCACAGACCAAGCGAAAGCCGACAUCCGGGCCAUAUACGAGUCGCACAUGAUUAUGCCGCUCCCCGCCUUCGACAGCGAGGAGAAGAUCAUUGAACCCUUGCAGUACCGCGCGGCCCUCACCGGCUCCCUCGCCAUCGUCUCUUUCCGCAUCGUGGGCUGGGUCUUGAAGAGGACGCGGCGUUUUCGGUGCGAGAUCGUCAACAUUGACGUCCUCAAGCCUUCAGAUGUGGAACGCCCUAAGCGCACCACCCCUGCGUCAUCGUCUCGGUCGCCUUCGAAGCGCCUGCGUGCGUAGAUACACUUCCAGUAUUGUUUUCUUAGCAGAGUCAUAACACCGUAUCUUGAUCAAUGACUGUUGUCAUUUUAUCUGUACAUGUAGCAUGCUCAACGAUAGAUGGCUGUAUUCUACAUGCGACGUCCUGCCUGCUUCCACGAACUUGAAGUUAAUGCUCCUUCCAAAGGUGGUGGU